AUGGAUCAAGCACAACAACUAUUCUUACAAAGAUUGGAGAACAUUGAACAGGAGUUGUCCAAUCUUAGCAAACAGGUCAAGGAAUGUAAUGACAACCAGACCGAAGUAAAAGCUAUGCUGCAGCAUAUUGUUCAACAAUCUACCUCUUCGAGCACGGCCAAUGUUGCGAGACUAGAUGGAGUGAUAUGCCGUCCAAGCAAAGCAGACAACAAACAUCUGGAGGAGCUUUCUGUUGAGCUAUGCAUCAACGUCCUUGAGGAGCAUUGA